GUUUAAGAUGACAAAUGAUCAAAAUGAGUGAAAUUUUAUAUAUUUCCUUCCAUUCUUCUCUGAUAAGACGCUGAGGUUACAACUGGCUCUUCAUAAGCCCUCAACUCAAAAUGAAAGGUCUUAACAUUCUCUCCAUAUUUCUCUUUGGUGCUGAGGUAGCGCUAUGUUCUGAGCAUUGUGACCCCGGCUCACUUUCUCAAGCUGUUGCCAUCUGCUGCGGCUCUCCACCAAAUCUCAACAAGGAACCACUGCUCUUCUCAGUCCUGUCCAGUGGCCGUUCGGAGGUCAAGGGUGCUGCACCUGGAAGAUGCACCACAGUCACAGGUAUGGUGAUCUUCCCACCUAUGCCGUCCGUAUGUUGCCCAGGUCCUCACGGCCGAACUUGCUGCUACGCCUCUUCGGCUCGAUCUCAACCUACCGGAGAGUGGUCUUUUCUCUCAGAGGAAUCUGAUCUCUGGACUUAUGUUUUUGCUGCAAUGAUUAUUGUCAUCACCAUGUCAUUACUUACGCUGUUGGCCUACUGCGUGCAGGCCGUGUUUGAGAGGAGCAAAAGAGCAAUCAAACAGAGGCAAUAUCAAGAAAUAUUAAACAAUCGGCCUCUCACUAGUCUUGGAAAUUUUGAGCAACUGCCAUUUCACAUUUGAUGGACUGAAUCUAAAUUUUAAAGUGCAUAAAAAGAAUAUUAUUAUUUUUUAUAAUUUUGUAUGAAAAAAGAAUAGAGAAUCAAUAAAGUGGCGGAGUGA